AUGUCACAUUUUGUCCCAGCCGUGUUCAGGCCGAAGCCGAUCCACUGCGAGUCGGCCCCGUCAUCAGAACAGCAGCAAGCCGCCCCGGCAAAUGCCCAGCCUGCCAACGGCAACGGCAGCGGCCAGCACGGUGUCUACUGGAUCCCACAUCUGCCUGGCGAGGGUCGCUUUGUGGUCAACGCCAAGCUCUACUCGCGUCAAGAUGCCGACCCUACCUUCCGGGAUCACAUGGAGAGGUUCCGCCGCGAAGUGGCCGCGUCGUCGCCCGGCAUGCUCUCGUACAAGACGUCGGUGGUGCGAGGCGCAACGGACACCGAGAACCUCAUCUGCCACGACCUCAUGAUCUCGGACGACUUGGAACCGCAUCCCGACCCCUCAGACAGCCAGCAGCGCGAAGAGCUAGCCGCCGCGCGGCUCAAAGAGAUCCAGGAGGAAAAGAAGGAGAAGCCAGUCAAGAGCGCUCUGACAGAGGUUGCCAAGUCGGCGUACAACUUCGGUCUCGGUGGUAUCGCCGGUUCCAUCGGUGCCACGAUCGUCUACCCUAUCGACUUGGUCAAGACGCGUAUGCAGAACCAGCGAUCUUCGGUGGUCGGUGAACCGCUCAUGUACAAGAACUCGAUAGACUGCGUCAAGAAGGUGUUCCGUAACGAAGGUCUGCGCGGCUUCUACUCGGGUCUCGGUCCUCAGCUGCUGGGUGUAGCUCCCGAGAAGGCCAUCAAGCUGACGGUCAACGAUCUAGUGCGUGGACACGCCAAGGAUCCCAUCUCGGGAGCGAUCACGCUGCCGUGGGAGCUGUUUGCCGGUGGAGCUGCCGGUGGUUGUCAGGUGGUGUUCACCAACCCUCUGGAGAUUGUCAAGAUCCGUUUGCAGGUCGCUGGUGAAAUUGCCAAGGCUGAGGGUGCUGACCGCGUAGCUCGAGGUGCGGUGCACAUUGUGCGCCAGCUGGGUCUGGUGGGUCUGUACAAGGGAGCGUCGGCGUGUCUGAUGCGAGACAUUCCCUUCUCUGCCAUCUACUUCCCGGCGUACGCCCACUUGAAGAAGGACACGUUCCACGAGGGCAAGGAUGGCAAGAAGCUCGGAUUCGGAGAGAUGCUUGCAUCGGCAGCCAUCGCCGGUAUGCCAGCAGCGUUCCUGACGACGCCGGCAGAUGUGAUCAAGACGCGUCUGCAAGUAGAGGCGAGGAAAGGGCAGGCGACGUACAAGGGCAUCGUCGACUGUGCCAGCAAGAUCAUGGCCGAGGAGGGACCCAAGGCCUUCUUCAAGGGAUCGUUGGCGCGUGUGCUGCGAUCAUCGCCGCAGUUCGGUGCGACGCUGGUGGCGUACGAAUACCUGCAGAAGUUCCUGCCGUAUCCGUUCGACAAGCAGGAGGUGGGCGACAUUAUGCGCGACGGCGUUCCAGGCGAAGACCCUUCGCGCACACACGCUCGACGUGCGCUCCAGCUGCUUCUCGAACUGCACGAAGACUUUGGUCGUCCGCCUCCAUCGUCCAUCGCCACUGCCGUUGGUGCAAAGUGA